GUGUAUAUGUGUGUGUGUGAGUGUGUGUAUUGGGCGGAAAGUCAACCUUGCAUUUAGCUGGAAGUUUCCAGGGGUUCUCCAGAUGUGUGAUGCUUGUUUACACAUGCUGUGUUUCUGGUGUUGUCGCUGACAUCUUGCUGUGUGUGUAGGGUUUAUUCUGACACCAAGUCAUGCGCGAUCAAAGCCCUGUAACUUUGGGAGAGCUGGCUGAGCAGGCAGCCUCCUGUUGAGGAGAGGAGAGGAGAGGAGAGGGAACUAAGGAAAGGAGCAUGCCAUUCUUCACCGGGUGGAUCCGCCAGUGCCAGCGCCUCUUCGCAUGUAAAGACUCGGCUCAUCAAAAGUUCAAUGGUUUAAUAAUUUGCUCCUGAAGGAGAGCCGAAGCAGCAGGGUGGCAGGAGAAUGGCUUCGACUGAGCUCUGGAUGUUAUAUACCAAGCAGAAAGAUCCUACCUACCUGCAGCAGUUUCUGGAAGCUUUUGUGGUGUCCUUUGAGAAGAUCAUCGAUGUACAGUCCCUGGAGCCACGCCGUCUGGAGGAGUGGAAUGCUGAGGUGCCUGUUGUUCCGCGAGAUUUUCUCGUGUUCCUGGGAACGCAGCUGUGUCACAGCGUCCUGCACCUGUCCGGUCAGGAGCAGAACAACAGCGUGCCUCACCCGCUGCUCCUCAUCAAGUUCUUCAUCAUCAUUUGCAGGAACAUGGAGAAUAUUGACCCUGACAAGACCCCCGGCUUUUUGCUUGAAACCGUCAAGCUGUUAAAAUACUGUCUGGAUCAGAUAAAGAAGAAGGCAGAGGAGCAAAGCACUCUACAGUCAGUGGUACAGCACUGCCUGCUGCUCUGUGAAAACCUCUUUGACCCUUAUCAGACAUGGAGGAGACGGCAGGCAGGUGAGGAGGUCAGCAUGCUGGAAAGGAGCAAAUAUAAAUUCUCCCCUCUCGCCCUGACAGAGGAGCUACCUGCAUUCUUUCAUGACUGCCUGCAGGAGAGCGAGCGAAUUCCUGAUCCUCUGCUGCAGCGGCUGGUGCAUCUACAGGGUGCCGUCACUAGCGGGUGCAAGAAGAAUGGCCUGCUCUCCAUCACACCCCACGCUGUGGAGGAUCUCAUGUCUGUGCUGCGCUCCUGGUGCCUUCGUCCUGCCCAAGAUGAGCCCAAGGACCCAAAGGUGUUGCACCUCACGCUGCGCUGCCUGACUGCCAUGAUCCACCUGCUGCACUGCAGCAGCCCUGCCGAAAGGCAGGUGGAGAUUAAGACCGUGCUCAACAACUAUUUCCAGCUGCUCAACUGGAACAGACCACCAGCGAACGGACAGGAAGAUGACCUAACCUGGGAGGAGAGCAUCGUCACCCUGCAAACGCACAUGCUCAAUGCCAUCCCAGAGAUUCUGCAGUGUCCCGACCGACCCGUCCUGCAAGCCAUUUUUCUGAACAAUAACUGCUUCGAGCACAUUCUCCGGCUCAUCCAGAACAGCAAGCUCUAUCAAAGCAGCAGGGGUAGAACAGAGUAUGAGGCUCAGGGUGACCUCACCAUGCGUUUGCUCACAGAAGCUGAAGUGGAGCAGGUGUGGGAAAAAGGUUCUGACUGCAUUACAGUACAUGCCAUUGGAGUUCUCACUGCCAUCAUGAGCAACUCACCAUCAGCCAAGGAAGUCUUUAAGGAGCGCAUAGGAUACUCACAGCUCUUUGAUGUUUUAAAAAGUCAAGGGCAGCCGACCAAAAGGCUCCUCCAAGAGCUCAUGAACAUGGCAGUUGAAGGAGAGCACUGCCAGGCUGUCCCACUGGGAAUCAGUAAUGAGCAGCCCCUGCUCCUGCUUCUGCAGUGGCUUCCUGAGCUAGGUUCUCGCUCUCUGCAGCUGCUGGUGUGCGAGUGGCUGUUAGCAGUGUGCCGUGGUUCUUUGGCGUGCCGCUCUGUGGCCGUGGAAGCCGGCUUGGUGGACGCCGUGCUGGAUGUGCUGAACCAGGGUCCCGAGCGGCUUGAGCGCCAGUGUGCAGACGCUCUAUUGGGCCUGGUGCAGGAGCUCGGCUCACUUUCGCUGCGCCCUCAUCACCUCAAGAGACUCUUGAGCCUGCUGCGCACCAACCCGGGCUCAUCACCUCAUCCCUACUGCACUCGCACCGUACGGGCCCUUGCUGCAAUGGCCGCCCAUGCCCACACAGGCACCAGUGCUUUGCAGUACUUUGACCUCACGCCACCCAUGGCUGGCAUCAUGGUGCCCACGAUCAACCGCUGGCCGGGUAAUGGUUUCGCUUUUCACGCCUGGCUGUGCCUUAACACCAACUUCCCCCCUCCAGUGCACCAACACCACUCUGAGUCGCAUGUCACCAUCCCUGAUAAUACUCUCCGUAUGACCAAGGGUCCUCGUCGCAAACAGCUCUACAGCUUCUUCACGGCAAGUGGGACAGGGUUCGAGGCCUUCUUCACCAUGGAGGGAGUGCUGGUGGUGGCUGUGUGCACCAAGAAAGAGUACAUGGCUGUUUCACUUCCCGAAAGGCCCCUCAAUGAUGGUUCCUGGCACUCUUUAGCUAUAGUCCACGUCUCGGGUCGAAGGCCGUUUGGACAAAACCUGGUCACUAUCUAUGUGGAUGGAAACGCGUGUAAGACAGCACAGCUGCGUUUCCCUACACUCAGUGAGCCUUUUACGUCCUGCUGUAUUGGUUCCGCGGGUCACCGGACCACCACUACCACCACCUCGCCGACUCUGUCUUCCCCGGUACACUCAUCUGAGCUGGCGUUCUCGGUGUCCACUGGCCCUCCAGCUCUCACCCGCUCUCAGUCUUUCCCAGCUUCAUUUGCUGCAGGAGGGGGAACACGCUGGGGUUUGGGCAGAGAUGUCCCUGUCUACACCAUUCCCGCAGGACUACAGGACACAGAGUGGGGCUCACCGUCAUCACUGGAUGGACUGCUGGCCACUGCCUUCAUUUGUUAUGAAGCACUGCAGCCUGCACAGACACACGCACUCUAUAAGGCUGGUCCCAAUAGCGUGUCCCUGUUUAAAGCGGACGGAGAACUCUCAGAGCUCUGCAGUAAACUCCUGUUGUACUACACACCUCAGGCCUUUAAAAACCAGAUCUGUCUGGAUCUCUCUCUCAACCAUGUGUAUGACGGCAGACUAACUGGACACAGGGUUGUCAACUGGGACAUCAAGGACGUGCUGAACUGUGUGGGUGGAAUGGGGGCCCUGCUGCCCCUGCUAGAGCAGGUGUGUGUGCUGGAACAGGGUGAGGCUGCUGCACAGGAGACAUCUGACCUGCUGGGACCAGAUCUCACCUCCCCCAGGGGUCCUGCUGGCAUGCUGCUCCCCCUGGGAAAAUCCUGUGAGGGCCGUUUGGAAAGGAACAGCGUGGCUGCAUUCCUCCUAAUGGUUAGGAACAUGCUGCGCCAUCAUCCAGUCAAUCAAGAGAGUCUCCUCCAAUGCCACGGACCUCCCAUCAUAGGAGCCAUGCUCAGCAAGGUGCCUAGCACUAUGAUGGAUAUGAGCGUGCUGAUGGCAUGCCAGCUGCUCCUGGAUCAGGUCUCCAGUGAUGACAACAGCGCUCUGCUGUCUCAGCUCUACCAGCACCUCCUGUUUGAUUUCCGCAUCUGGAGCCACUGUCACUUUGCAGUCUGCCUCGGUCAUGUACAGUAUCUGUCCUCGAUCUUGAAGGAGGGUAAACACAGAACACGCAGAAAGUAUGGGGUUCAGUACGUCCUGGACUCCAUUCGCUCACACUACAGUGUGGAGAAGGAUGGCAGUGCUCUGUCAGAUGAGAGGAAGACAGUGCAGAUGUUGCUCUUUGAGCUACUGAAGGAUUUCCUGUUGAAGUCUCCCACUACGAAGGAGCUGCACAGUAUUCUGGCAUACGCUGCAGUAGUGCAGGACCAGCAGCAGGCGAUCAUUCUGUUGGAUAUUUUGUAUAGUGUGCUGAGGAGCAGUCCUCAGGCUCUGUCUGUGCUGCUGGAGUGGGGCGUGGAGCAGCUCUUCUGUCUGCUACUGAAGCCCAGCUUUAGUGAUGACGCACAUGAAAGAGUGUUCAGGAUCAUGUACAAAGUGCUGAAGAGCGAGCGAGUCCCAGAGCGCAAUAAACAGCGCGUCAAGCUGCGAGAGCCCACCUACCUGGGUCUUGUCUGCUUCCUGGAGGAGGUCCCAGUCUCAAUGACGAUCAUCCGCUGCCUAUACGAGCAGGUGCUGGCUACAGAUCCCUCACCCAGCUUUAGAGACCUUUUGGCAGUAGUGUACCUGUCCCAUCGGGCUGAUCUCACUGUACGACUGGAUGUAUGUCGCAAGCUUUUCUACCUGAUCUACUCCAACGAGGACUACAUUAAGCAGCUGGCCCGGCAACCUGGCUGGCAAGACAUUCUCACUAAACUCUAUGUCAAAGAGUCCUAUGAGUCUCGUACUACCAGCAUAUCCAGCCCUCACCCCUCACUGGAGCAUAUUCCUUCCAGGCCCCUCCUCCAAAGGGAUGACAGCAUGAUUGACGGCCCUCGCUCUGAUGUCUUCAUCCCCUACAGCUCCCAGCGUGAGGAAGCAGAGGAGGACGAGGAUGAUGGAGACGAAGAACCACCUCGGGAUAUUGCAGAUAGUUUUAUCGAAUUGUCUCAGUCUCCGCCUGCAGGAGGUCAGCUGAAGCGCUUCAGUGACUCGAUGAACUUCAAGUCUUUCGACUCGGUGGAACAGAGCAGCCGAUCGUCAUCCCUGUCCAACACAGUGGAUACGCCAUCUAUGCCACAGCUGUUGGAUGAAGAUGAUGAGGGUCUCUAUCAGCCGACCUCACCAUUUGGUACAUCGCCUGAGACUCCAGAUACACCAUCUUCUCUAGAACAUAAUAAGACCUUUCCUGGCCUCAGAGCACGCAAGAGCUCCAGUUUGUCGAAUGUACUGGAUGACGCCAGCUACUGCACUGAGCCUCCAACUGCCGACAGCAUCUCCAACAACUCCAACCCACAGCAGGCACCAGAGGAAGAGUUGUGCAACUUGCUGACUAACAUUGUGUUCCGAGUGCUGUGGACUGGCACAGAAGGCAUGGAGGAUGCAGUGUGGAGGGAGAGAGGACAGGUUUUCUCUGCCCUCACCAAAUUGGGCUCUUCCUGGCAGCUUGUGCGCCCCCCGGAUGAUAUCAAGCGCAAUCUUUUGGAGAUGAUGCUGGAGUCGUCUCUUUCGGACCUACGGGACUCUCAGGGCAUGGCUUUGCCUCAUAUUCCCUCCUUGCUUCGCCUUCUCAGACUGCUCCAGGAUUUCCUGUUCGCAGAGGGCACUGACAAUCAAACACUGUGGAGUGAAAAGAUCUUUGAAGGAGUGGUGAAUCUGCUCGACAGGCUGCAAGCUUGGCACACUACUUCUGCAACAGCCAGUGCUACAGAGCUCAAACGGAUGGCUCAGAUUGGCCUGUGGAUCAUUACUGGAUACAUACAGCAGCAGAACUCACAGGUGUGUGAGAUGGCAUGCGUGAAGCUACGCAGUCUGCUGCAGACUGUGUUGUGUCUCUCAUGGGAGGAGGUGUGUUUCCUGUUGGGUCGUCUGGGAGCCAAUGUGUGGCCUGCAGAAGGCAUGUCUCUGACAGCGCCAGUGGUGCGCACUCUCCUGGACCAGCAUGCUGACCCAACCAAGCUGCAACAGCUUCUACCCAGCCUGCCCCCGACCAACGGCAGCACCACCUUCGCCCAGGAUCUGCAGUCCUACUGUAACACAGCUGAGUGGCAGCACUUCUACUGCAACCAUGUGAGACCCACCAUGCAGCAGUAUGAGCUGGACACUUUUGGGAAAAGCCACGACUUACUGUCCAACUUUUGGAACUCGUGUUUUGAUGACCUAAUGAGCACUGCCGAAAAGAAGAACAAGGACAAAGCAGAUUUCAAAGCCAAGUUUCAGGAGUUGAUUGUGGACCCGUACCUGAAGCAUGUACGCAUUGAGAACAGUCGCUAUGUGAGUGCACAGAAGCUAAAUAACAGCCAGCAGGUGGUGGUGUGGAAGCACUGGAAAUCCCUGCGCAGGCUGCUCACCAGUGAGAGAGGAGCUUGGGCAAACAGGGAUGAGUCAGAAGUGAAGUGGAAGCUGUCUAAUGCGGAGACAUACUCCAAGAUGCGUUUGAAGCUUGUGCCCAACUACAACUUUGACUCCCACAGCGAGGCCAGUGCACUUCGGGAUAACAUGGGAGCCGAGAGUCCACGUAGUUCCACCGAGCCCCCUCCACUGGCUGUAGCUAGGGAAGCUAAAGUGUGUGACAUGGAAGACGACCAACUGGAGUUAGAAGACCUUCUCUUCAUCGACAGCCAGGUGGAGGAAGUGGAGGAGGGGAGCCAAAAGGAGAAGCUUGUGCUCUCUGAGGACUGUGAGCUCAUCACUAUAGUGGCUGUGGUAAUGGGUCGCCUCGAGGUUACUACACACCACAUCUACUUCUAUGAUGCGAGCAGUGAGAAGGAGGAGACAGAGGAAGGGAUAGGCUUUGAUUUCAAGCGCCCACUGAGCCAGCUGAGAGAGGUCCAUCUGAGACGAUAUAACCUGCGCCGCUCAGCCCUCGAGCUUUUCUUUAUCGACCAGGCUCACUACUUCAUCAACUUCAGGAAGAAGGUACGGAACAAAGUCUACUCCAGGAUUCUCGGUCUUCGGCCACCUAAUCUCUUUUACUUUGGUUCCCGUUCUCCUCAGGAACUCCUCAAAGCCUCUAAUCUCACUCAGAAAUGGGUGUGCAGAGAGAUCUCAAACUUUGAGUAUCUCAUGCAGCUCAACACCAUUGCUGGUCGCACCUACAACGAUUUGUCGCAGUACCCUGUGUUCCCUUGGGUGCUAUGUGACUACACAUCUAAUGUACUGGACUUGGAAGACCCGGCUGUGUUCAGAGAUCUGUCUAAGCCCAUCGGAGUGGUGAACCCUCGCCAUGCCCAAGAUGUCCGAGAGAAGUACGAGAGCUUUGAAGACCCCGCAGGCACCGUUGAUAAGUUCCACUACGGCACACACUACUCCAACGCAGCAGGCGUCAUGCACUACAUGAUCCGCAUGGAGCCUUUCACCAGGCUGCACAUCCAGCUGCAGAGCGGCAAGUUUGACUGCGCAGACAGACAGUUCCACUCAGUAGCAGCAGCAUGGCAGGCUCGUAUGGAGAGCCCAGCUGAUGUGAAAGAGCUCAUCCCGGAGUUCUUUUAUUUCCCAGAAUUCCUGCAGAACAUGAAUGGGUUCAAUUUGGGCUGUCUUCAGGUAAACCAGGAACAAGUGAAUGAUGUGGUUCUGCCACGCUGGGCCUCUUCUAGAGAAGAUUUCAUCAGAAAACACCGCCAGGCACUGGAGAGUGAGCAUGUGUCUGCCCACCUGCAUGAGUGGAUCGAUCUGAUAUUUGGUUAUAAACAGCGUGGGCCCGAGGCUGUGGAGGCGCUCAAUGUGUUCUACUACUGCACGUAUGAAGGUGCUGUGGAUCUGGAUGCCAUUGCCAAUGAGACUGAACGCAAGGCUCUGGAGGGCAUCAUCAGUAACUUUGGUCAAACACCUUGUCAGCUUCUCAAGGAGCCCCAUCCUCCCCGCAUGUCAGCACAGAGCGCGUCCCGACGGCAGGCACGUAUCGACACUCUGCCUCCUAACAUCUUCGAGCAGCUGGACAAACUGAGACCAUUCGUCGAGGUGGUGAAUGACGGUGUGCCGCUAGUGCAGGCUAUGGUGCCCAGAAAUCAGACCCGCUCCUUCAUCAACCAAGGGUCUGAUGUGCUGGUGACUGUGAAUGCUAAAGGACAGAUAGGAACACACAGCUGGCUGCCCUACGACAAGAACAUCGCCAAUUAUUUUACCUUUACUAAGGACCCCACUAUGAGCAAUCCAAAAACACAGCGGUUCUUGAGUGGCCCCUUCUCCCCAGGGGUAGAUAUCGGGUCCCAGGUGCUGGUGGUGUCCAGUGACGCGCGCCUGCUGUUCAGCGGGGGACACUGGGACUGCAGCCUCCGUGUUACCACACUGGCCAAGGCCAAACUGGUGGGCAGGAUCUGCUGUCACAUAGACGUGGUGACGUGUCUGGCUUUGGACCUGUGCGGUAUCUACCUCAUCUCAGGCUCUCGUGACACUACCUGCAUGGUGUGGCAGGUUCUCCAGCAGGGUGGUUUCUCCAGUGGUCUGUCUCCACGACCAGUGCAGGUGCUGUGUGGUCAUGAUGCAGAGGUCACCUGUGUCUCCAUUAGCACUGAGCUGGAUAUGGCUGUUUCAGGAUCAAAAGACGGGACGGUGAUCGUGCACAGCAUCCAGCGAGGUCAGUAUCUCCGCACACUGCGUGCUCCCUGUGAGAGCUGCGUUUCUGUCCGGGUUAACCAGCUGCAGGUGGGAAUGGAGGGUCACAUGGUGGCACAAUCCAUCCUGGAGGGCUGCUCUGCUGGGAAGGAGAAGUACGCACUGCAUGUGUACUCCGUCAACGGCACACUGAUGGCGUCCAUGGUACUGGAGGAGCCAGUGUCGGCGCUCUGUUUGGUUUCUGACUACCUCAUACUGGGCACACUACAGGGCAACCUGCACAUUAAAGACCUGUUCAGCUUAGAGCAGGCUGCUAAGCCCUUGGCGCUGAAGCUCCCUAUUCGCAGUGUAUCAGUCACCAAGGAGAGCAGUCACAUUCUGGUGGGACUGGAGGAUGGCAAGCUCAUUGUCGUGGGAGCUGGGAAACCAGAAGAGGUGCGCUCAGGUCAGUUCUCUCGGCGUCUCUGGAGAUCAACGCGCAGAAUCUCUCAGGUGUCUUCAGGAGAGACUGAGUACACCCCUACUGAGCAUGCUGGGAAAUGAGCAUCAUACACACUCCACUCCACAGGCCUUCAAUAGGACUCUUCUUAGACACACACACACAUCUGAGAUGUUGAUCCUGAACACAGGUCUACAUACUUGGAGCUGCUGCUGCUGGUUUUAUGGAAUAAAGCAGAGUCAUCCAAAGCUGCACUUUUUAAAAAAAAAUUAAUAAUAAUAAUAAUAAUAAUAAAGGGAAAGGAACAUUUUCUAUUUUAUUGUUUUAAGCAGAAAUCAUUCCAAAGAUUGAGAAGCAGAGAGAGGCUGAGACUCACAGGAACUGGGAUGUGAGAGUGGGUUUGAUCUCAGAGCCAGGAAUUCUGGAAUAACAGGACAAAGUCCUGACACACACCGUCUACUCUGGGCAUGAAGCUCCGUGCACACACACACACACAAGCACACACACCUCUCUCGAGCUGCUGGACACAGCUGGAGUACGUCAUCAUCUGUGACACUCGCUCUGUUGUGCAGUGCUGCGAUUGUGUAACACCUGAACUCGAAGCUACCUGCACACUGCUAUACCAACAGAAAACUUUUACGUGUGUGUGUGUGUGUGUGUGUGAGAGAGAGAGAGAGAGAGAACAUUCUUUUACGUAUUUGUGUGUGUGUGAGAGAGAGAGAGAGAGAGAGAGAGAGCAUUCUUUUAUGUAUUGUGUGUGUGUGUGUGUGUGUGUGUGUGUGUGUGUGUGUGUGUGUGUGUGUGUGUGAGUGUGAUAGAGAGAGAAUAUUUCAUGGUUACACACUGUUGCUUAAAGCAAUAAUCAGUGCACAAGUUCUGUUUAGUUGUUUUCACUUUUGCCUGAUACGCUUUUAAUGCACUCUGGAGUUUCAGAAAACCUGUCAAAUCUGUGCCUUAAAAAUUCUGUCUGGAGUUUAUACUGUACUACAUAUAACCGCUACACAAGUCUAUAUUUUGUAAUCACACUUUUGUGUUCCACUCAUGCCUGUUGCUUGUGUUUUUGGUUUUGUUAUUUUUUCUUAUCGGCCUUGUGCACUGGUUCUAGGUUUUCCCUUUUCCUGUCGUAUAAAAAGUGCCUUCCUGAUUCCUGAGUUAAAACACAUUGCUUUGAAAGUGUAUGCUUUCGUUACUUCUCAUCAGUCAGGUACUCUAGUCCUCUCCCUGUCUCUUUCCUCUUUGUUCUUGCCCUGAUCUCUCUUAAGUUGAGCUGUCAAGUGCCUCAAUGACUAAAACAAUUAGAAAUGAAUGUGUCAUAGCAAUACGUGAAACUGCUUUUACACCGGUCAUAUGGACAGACAGAACGCCAAGCAUUUUGAGUCGUCCACACUGGUAUGUUUUUCUUUUUUACUAAAACACUGAAUGCUUUGAAGAGUGUUGGGUGUCUGUGGAACACAUGGGAAAUGCAGCCAUGCUGAGCUCAAGCUGCAGUAUCUAACUAUCCCCCCACCCCUUCAAAAAAAAAAAAAAAUUCUACUCACGUAGACUGCCACUCAGCACACAGCCUCUUUACCACCCACUCACUCACUCACUCACUCACUCUUUCUACUUCAUUUCAGGUCGAACCCUGGCAAACCAUCAAUAUCCAAUACCUUUUAAACGCCCUUGAAUGCCGUAUUGUUUGCACCUCGCCCCUCCAAUACACACGCACACACUUUUCUGCAUACUAUGUACAAUUUGCUCAUCCAGCUGAAGCCAUGUCCUCUAGUUUGUAUUUCAAGUCUCAUUUGUAAUGAACGCUGCCGUGCAGAGUGAAUGAGUCUUUUCAUGUUCGCACCACUGUCUGAUUUCUAUUCAUGCCCUGCACUCUGAGUAAACGCAGUGGGAAUAAACGAUGUGAAGAGAUGCCUUGCGGUGGGCUCUGGCACGCACACUGUUGGGAGAUUUGCCUACACAUAAAUUCAUAUCACUGCGUUCAGUCUUGUAGCUGGCUGGGACUUAUUAACCGCCACACACCUUGCAGUCUGUCUCUCUGUACUUGUUCUUUUUUCACAGUAUGUGUGUGGACUCACUGAAAUGAAAUGCAUCCUGUUACUCACAA